ACAAAUCCUUCUUCUUCUUCCUCUCUCCUUCUCCGGCGACUUUUCUCAGUCUCUGGUCUCCCUAUAUCAGCGCUUUUAGCUGAUCCUCUCGCCGGCAUUUCUCUCUCUCUCUUUUUUAGUUAUGGAGAAAUUUGCGUCCGUAGCUGCUCUGUUACUGCUUCUUCUCUGUUUUCCGGUAGCUUUCUCCGGUCAUGAUUAUGGUCAAGCUCUUUCCAAGAGUCUUCUCUUCUUCGAAGCUCAGAGAUCUGGUGUUCUUCCUCGUAACCAGAGAGUCACUUGGCGCUCUCACUCCGGUCUCACCGACGGCAAAUCAAGCGGCGUGAAUCUGGUCGGAGGUUACUACGAUGCCGGAGACAAUGUGAAAUUCGGACUACCGAUGGCUUUCACGGUGACGAUGAUGGCGUGGAGUGUGAUUGAGUACGGGAAUCAGUUACAAGCCAACGGCGAGCUUGGAAACUCCAUUGACGCCAUUAAAUGGGGUACUGAUUAUUUCAUCAAAGCCCAUCCUGAGCCCAACGUCCUUUACGGCGAGGUUGGAGAUGGCAACACCGACCAUUACUGUUGGCAGAGACCGGAAGAAAUGACGACGGACCGUAAAGCUUACAGGAUAGAUCCGAGUAAUCCCGGGUCGGAUCUUGCCGGAGAAACAGCAGCCGCCAUGGCCGCCGCAUCAAUUGUUUUCCGCCGAUCUAACCCUGUUUACUCUAGGCUACUCCUCACUCACGCCUAUCAGUUGUUUGAUUUCGCCGACAAAUACAGAGGAAAAUACGACAGCAGUAUCACUGUUGCCCAGAAAUACUACCGAUCCGUCAGCGGUUACAAUGACGAGUUAUUGUGGGCAGCUGCGUGGCUAUACCAAGCCUCGAGCAAUCAGUUCUAUUUGGACUACUUGGGUCGCAACGGUGACGCCAUGGGUGGAACCGGUUGGUCUAUGACUGAGUUCGGUUGGGACGUUAAGUACGCUGGUGUUCAAACCCUUGUUGCCAAGUUUUUGAUGCAAGGCAAAGCAGGACGUCACGCGCCUGUGUUCAGGAAGUUUCAAGAGAAAGCUGAUUCCUUUAUGUGUUCCUUGUUGGGUAAAAGCUCGAGGAACAUUCAGAAGACACCUGGUGGUUUGAUUUUCAGACAACGUUGGAACAAUAUGCAGUUUGUCACUAGUGCUUCCUUCUUGACCACGGUUUACUCUGAUUACCUAACUUCUUCUCGAAGCAACUUGAGAUGUGCCGCUGGAAAUGUUGCUCCUUCGCAGCUUCUUUCCUUUGCUAAAUCUCAGGUGGAUUAUAUUCUUGGAGAUAACCCGAGAGCAACGAGCUACAUGGUUGGUUAUGGUAACAAUUUCCCUCAGAGAGUUCACCACAGAGGCUCUUCUAUUGUCUCUGUCAAGGUCGACCGUACAUUUGUCACAUGCCGAGGUGGAUAUGCCACGUGGUUCAGCCGUAAAGGCAGCGACCCGAACCUUCUCACUGGUGCUAUUGUAGGUGGUCCUGAUGCUUACGACAAUUUCGCUGACAGGAGAGAUAACUAUGAGCAGACUGAGCCUGCUACUUACAACAAUGCACCACUUCUUGGUGUUCUUGCUCGUCUCAGCAGUGGUCAUUCCGGUUAUAGCCAGUUUCUUCCAGUGGUUCCUGCUCCUGUUGUCCGAAGACCAAUGCCUAUUCGUAGACCGAAAGUGACUACUCCAGUCCGAGCUUCUGGUCCAGUGGCUAUAUUUCAGAAGAUAACUAGUUCAUGGGUCUCAAAGGGAAGGACUUACUACAGAUACUCAACAACUGUGAUUAACAAAUCUUCUAGACCUUUGAAAAGUCUCAACCUUUCGAUCAAGAAUCUCUACGGACCAAUCUGGGGACUCUCGAGAUCAGGCAAUUCCUUUGGCUUACCCUCAUGGAUGCACUUAUUGCCAUCCGGAAAAUCCCUAGAGUUCGUCUACAUUCACUCAACAACACCUGCAAAUAUCGCGGUAUCCAGCUACACUUUGGUUUGACCAGACAACAACAACAUCAAAGGAGAUCACAGUGUGUAUAGGUCGUGAUAAGAAGAAGAAGAAAGUCUUUGGGUUUUUUACCUCUGCUGGUUCGUCAAGAACGUUAAAAGGUUUAGUCUUUUAUCUUCAUUUUUACUUUUGGGUUUCUCUGGUGAAUAUAAAAAAAGGGGUUGA